AUGCAUCAAAGCAUCUCCUCCUCAUCAUCGACUCGUGGAUCCUCACGAAAUCCGAGAAACAUGAUUCAAAUACAAACUCAAGAUAUUCAUGACAUGUUUUAUGAGCUGAGAAGAACGGAACAACAAGCGGACGAAAAGUUUUUCGUGAGAAUGCCAAAACUCAUUCAAGCCAUGCAAGAAUUGGCUCAAGAACAAUAUCGAGUUCUGAGCGGCUACAAUUAUAACGCUCAUGUUCAUGAUAAUCCUUCCAUUCGAAAUGAAAUUCAAACAUUAAGGAAGCAAGAGAAUCGGGAUUUGCAGCGAAAAUUAGAAAUUAAACAACUUUCAAAGCAAAUCAAAAAAGAUCGUAAGAGAAUGAUUAAAGAAGAGAAGGAGAGAGAACAAUGUCUUGACAAAGAGGAUAAACAUUUUGACAAGUCAACCUCCACCACUGUCAAAUACCGAAACGGAAAGAAAAUGGAAAAUUUGGGAGAACAUUGCGAAGAAAAUGGAUUUAGAGGAGAUGUAGAAGGAGUGUAUCAUGAGGUUGAAUUUGUGAAACGAGGAAUGGCUCCUCCUGUAUUGAAUGAAUGGCCCACCAAAAGGGAACUAUCAGCUGGUGAUCCUCAACAACAAGUUGACAAAAACGAAUUUACUCCAUCGUCUAAUUUAUUCGAACAACACCGUAGGGAGAGAAAAAUUAGAAAGACGCCUAACAUUUAUCAAGCAAAAAGUCUUUCCAAAAAGAGGUGA